GGGGCAAGUAAAGUGAAUGUUUUCUUUAGUGAAUGAUCUUUAUUUUGUGCUUUUUUGUAAGGUUGUAUUGGCCCGCGCGCCCUUUUAUAUUCAAAAAACCAAAAGAGAGAAACACGUGCCAGUAAAUAACACAAAAACUGCCUUUUUAAGUCCGCUAAUAAACUUGCGGACUGGCUUUUGCGGACAUCCUCAAAUUUCAUUUUUUUCGAAAAAAAGUGUGUUCUGCCCAAUUUCAACUGGAAAACUUUAAACUUUUAUUCUAUACUCAAUUUUUAAUUUAAAGCAAACAACAAUAACACCAAUUGCAACCCUCCCAAUCUCGAAUUAAUUAGCGAUGCUGAAUUGGCAAUGCUUUGUGUGUUCCAUGUGCCUGAUAAAGCUUUACAUUUACAAGACCCGAAUAAUCGAGCUUUUACGUCUCUUCCGCUUAAUUUAACUUUGAAACCUUCAAAUGUGGCAAUGGCUAAAGAGAGAAAUGAACUCGGUGUAUUUUCAACAGAUUUUAUUCCUCGUUUCGCCCGUUUUGGCCCAUUAUGUGGUGAUUGUCGAAUGCCUUUAGUUAAUAAAGAGGAAAAUGCUAGUACAGUAUCAUUGCCAUUAAAAGAAGCUAAAGCAUUUUGCUUAAAAAGCGUGGGAGAAGAGAAGGAAAAAAGAAAGAAAGAAAAAUUUAAAACAAAUAGUUUUGAUGAAUCAACAACAAAAACAAAUGUUUUAGAAAAUGUUUUGGAAGAUGUUGGGCAUUUUAAACAGCAACAGAAACAACAAUAUACAAUUAAAACAUCAACAAACAAUGAAGCAAACAUUAAUUCUGAUUUUAAUUUAAACCAGAAUUUAAUAAAAACAUCAGCAAACAAUGAAGCAAACAUUUAUUCUGAUUUUAAUUUAAAUCAGAAUUUAAAUCAGAAUUUAAUAAAAACAUCAACAAACAAUGAAACAAACAUCAAUUUAAAUCAGAAUUUAAUUGAAACAUCAACAAACAUUGAAACGAACAUUUAUUCUGAUUUUAAUUUAAGCCAGAAUUUAAACCAGAAUUUAAUUAAAACAUCGACAAACACCAAUAUAAACAUUAAUUCUGAUUUUAAUCUAAAUCAGAAAAACAAAGAGAGAGAAAAAGAUGAAAUGAACAACAACAACAUUAAAACAAAGAGAAGCAGUGUUUGGAAGAUUUUCUCAUCUAAUAAUGCUUCCCAUUUACUUCGUCUAAUUGAAACAAAUUCAAGAAAAGCUAAUUGGAUGAAAAACGUUCAGAUGGCUGAAAAUAAGGAAGAACACAAUCUUGUUGCUUGUCAAUACGACAACGAAAUUUAUUUUUAUACAAUACGCUCUAUCCAACCCAAUACAGAAUUACUCUUUUGGUACAGUCAUGAAUAUGCACAACAUUUAAGGGUUGAACAACGAUUAAAUGAAAAUGAAUCUGAAAAAGCUCAAAAAGAGCAACAAACUACUACAGAUUUAAUGAGAGAAAAAUGCUCAACACCAGAGCGUUUGCCUGUUUCAGGAGGUGUAAGCAACUGCGGUAGUAAUUUGAGAAAGACAAACUCUUUGCUCAUUGGCUCUUCCAACUCUCAACAUUCACAUCAUUCACCAGUUGCUUCAGCUUCAUCAACUUCUGACUUGACACCUUUAUUUAGCGAUGACUUUAUUUCAAUAAAUUCUAGUUCAGAAAGUUCUUCACCUACAAGCCCCCCACCCGGUCAAUCACAACAAAAUCAUCGUCAUCAUCAUCAUAAUAAUAACCAUAUUUAUGGACAUUCCCAUAAGGGAGAACUUCAACGUCAUCUAAGUUUUUCUGAAAAGUUGCCAGCAAAAGUAGAUAACCAUUCCUCUUUAUUUCAUCAAAAUAAUAACCGUCCAAAUGUAAUUAUUCAACAACAAUCUUCCUCUUCGUCCUCUUCAACUUCUUCAGUUCACCGUCCUGUCCCCUUACGUUUGUCUAGCCCACAGGCACCCACCACUCUUCUACCCACAGCUUUGGGCUCUGCUUUGGCUAAUCUGCCGUCUUUGGGAAGUUGUCCAAAUUCUUCCCUAUUACAAACCCAAACAGCUCCUUCAUUAGCAUCCUUAGCCUUUUCAUUGGGCCAUAGUGCUUUUCUUCGCCCAACUUCCACAUCUUCCAAUAUUUUGUCCUGUAAUAAUUCAACAACAACAACAUCAUCCUUGGGAACAUCUUUAUUCUCUUCUUCUACACCUUCGCUUCCUUUUCCUCAUCAAAACAACCCUCUUCCUUCCAAUAACUUCCCUUCAGUCUCCUCUACAGCUAUGGAUAGUCUUCACAAUCUAAUAUGGUCAAGACGUUUAGCACUUGCAGCAGUACAGCAACAACAACAAUUUGGGAAUUGGUUACAGACUAGUGGACUUGCUGCUACCAAUAAUGGCAAUUCAGCUAACAAUUCUACCACCCCUUUAACUACCCAUCUACUUAAUUUACAAGCUAUUGUUGCCCCAACAAAUAAUCCAAAUUCUUCUUUGAAUCAAAAUGGAGGAGGAAUUGUUAGUGGAGGUGGAGGAGGAGGACGGGCUGCAGCUGAACAACAUUUAAUUCCAGCUUUAGGCUGUACAGCGGUGGCGUCAGUGCCUUCAAUAUUGCCUUCUCGCAAUAAUAAUGCACUUUCUUCAUCCCAACAACAUACUAUUAAACAACAAAACAUCCAUCAAACUCGAUCCUUGGCACAAUCCCCAUCAUCACUCUUUGCCGCUGUAGCUGCAAUGUUGCCUCAACAACAACAACAAAAUCGACAAGAUAACGAAAAUCCUUACAAUAUUCGUCACCAACAACAAUUCCCUCAUCAAACUCCUCAUAUACUUCGUCCUCCUAUAAAUAAUGGAUUAUUAACAGAAAUGAGAAGUGGGGAUUUGAUAAAUAUUGGCCGAUCAACAACAACAACCAACCAAGCAACUUCAAUCCAGUCAACUUCAAUUCCUCCUGCAGAAGGAAUUUCUUCUUCCUUUGCUGUAGCAGCAGAACUUAGACAAUCUUUACAGGCAUAUCAAGCUGCGUUGGUUGCGGCCGCUGAACGUGUUGCUCGUAAUGAAGAAGGGGGAGGAGGAGUAGAAAGAAGAUUUUGGCAUUCACAACAAGUAGAUGGAAGGACGCGUUAUGAGUGUAAGGAAUGUUCAAAACCUUUUGGUCAGUUGUCAAACUUAAAAGUCCAUUUACGAACACAUACGGGAGAAAGGCCUUAUAAAUGUAGUAAAUGCAAUAAAGGAUUCACUCAAUUGGCACAUUUACAAAAACACGAUUUGGUACAUACCGGGGAAAAGCCUCAUCGUUGUGAGGUCUGUGACAAACGUUUCUCUUCUACUAGCAAUUUAAAAACACAUCUUCGUCUACAUAAUGGACAACGCCCUUAUAGUUGUGAUCGCUGCAAUCUUUCAUUUACACAGCUUGUACAUCUAAAACUACAUCAACGCAUACAUUCUAAUGAACGUCCCUUUACAUGUACUUCAUGUGGCCGUAACUAUAUUAGCCCUAGUGGUUUACGUACUCAUUGGAAGAAUACUGCUUGCCGUCCACUUGCUAACGAACUAAAUUAUUUACAAAAUUAUGUUGAUGGUUUGGCUGGGGCGGGUACUGGGGAACGUUAUUGUUCUUCAACAGCUUCUAAUGUUAGGGUUUUGAGCCCAUCAAAUAUGGAGAUGGAAAGACAACAAGAAGAAUAUGAAGAAAAUUGUAGUGUUAAUGAGGAAGGAUUAUUUAUGAAAGGUGAAAUUGAGGAAGAGAGUGUAGGCGAAAAUGAGGAAGAAAUUAUAAAUGUGGUAAUUUUAAAAAUACAAAAUAAAUACAAAUUACUAUAGAA